ACAAAUCAGAAUUUCCUCCUCAUUUCUGAAAAGAAAAUUAAGACGACAUAAAUGGAUACUCAAGCAUCUGGGUCGACAAUCACAGGGCGUUCAUUCGAAGACUUCUACCCAGUAGCACAUUGGGUCAAGGAAGAAGAUAAUACUCUUGAACUUCACCUUCAUGAUUUCAAAAAGGAACAACUAAGAAUUCAGUUUAGCAAACCGGGUAAUAUGAAGAUCAGUGGCGAACGACCCCUCGUGGAGAACAACUGGAGUCGUUUCACCAUGGAAUUCCGGAUCCCCAAGAAUAUUUUCGUUCAAGCAAUUCAGGCGAAGUUCGUCAAUGGAGUCCUUUAUGUUAAACUGCCCAAGACCAUCACUAAGAAUGUCAUAAGGAAAGAUAUAACACCAAUUAAUAAGCGAGCACAGGAAGAAGCUCAUCCAACUGCUCGGACGACAUCAUUGCGGGAUAAAUUCAGUGAAGAAGAAGGUACUUUGUUGGGUAGAAUAUAUUCAAGUACUGGGUUUGAAGAUAAUAAGACUAGUAAUCAAUCGCGAGAAGAUGCAUCCAUCAUAAAAGUUUUGCAGGCAACAACUGAUGAACCGAAAACAAGUAGCGGUGCAAGUAUGGUCAAUGUACUGAUACUGACUAUCUUGGUGUCUUUUGUGGCUUAUGCUGCUCGCAUGUAUACUUCUAAGUUCUAACACUAAUGAAAUGUGUUAAAGAAAGAAGCUUUCACUAUGUUCGCUUUGUGCAUUAUGUGAAUGCUCAUUUUAUUAUCGUAAAAACAUUGACUACAAUCUGAUAACAUGUUUAAAUACAUUAUAAGUUUCUUUUA